AUGCGAACCUGUGCAAUACGGGAGAAGCCAUGCAAUUUUAGGAGCAAAUGCCAGCAACGUAUACCAGAAGAAGAACAAGUCGCCCACACUCCACGCCGAAAGCGGGCUAAGUAUAACGGAACCGAGUAUGCCCAGUUACUUCCGUGGCUGUUCAAGAUGGUGAAUAUUAGUCCGCCUAUUAAUAAUCCUGCUGAAGUAGCUCAUCGGUGGAUGCUUCUCGGAUGCUUCAUAAAUGUACUCCUGCUAGGGAUCAUGAUUACACAGGUGUAUCUGUACUAUACAACAUACAAGAGGGACCAACUAUGGAUGAAGAUAUACGUCGCCGUCCUCUUCGUUCUUGACGUCGUCAACACGGUGUUCAUAUUUAUAUACCUUUAUCGAUCGUUUAUAACGUUCUUUGGCGACUUUGAUUUCAUUGAGAGGGCAGACCACUACGUGGCCACUGAUCCUGCCACGACGGGACUGGUCGGCACCAUGGUACAGCUCUUCUUCGCCUGGCGCAUCUUCGUCUUGACGAAGACGUGGAUAUACUCUGCGGUUAUCACGAUCCUUGCGAUCACCGCCGGAAUAUGUUCCAUCCUGAGCUCCGUUGGUGUCGCACGGACGCCGAAGUUUAUAGACUUUCAUGCCUUCAAGAACCCUGUCAUCGUAUGGCUUGUGGCCAGCGUCGUCGACGACAUUCUUAUCACGAGCAUUCUUGUCUGGUAUCUGGUAUGA